AUGGUGGUGUACAUGGGCGGCUCAUGCGAGGACGCCAACGUCACCGUGGACGAUGCCUUGCUGAUCUUUGACGCAAACACCACAUGCUACAGCGUUAUGGGUGGCUUCUACUCCUUUGCUUGCUCGGACAGCGGCGUGCCCGAGGCGUACAAAUGGAGCGACUACCAAUGCACCACCGGCACCUUUGUCAACCUCUCCUCUGGCUGCUUCACCUACGGCAGCCGAAACGCCCAUGUCAUGUGUGCCGAGGCCAGCGUUUUUCCCACAAACACAAGGGCCGUCAUGUCCGCCUUUGAGGCGGUUGACUGCUCGGCUGGCAAGAUUGCGGACCUUGCCAUUCGCGACACCUGCGCCAACGCCGUGACCCCGGCCUUUGCCAUUGGCUCGGGCGCGACCAGUGCCGACGCUUGCGACGAUGAUGAUGGCUGUCUAAGAUUUUUCCAUGAUAGCCUGGGAUAUGGCCAUAUGAUGGCGACCUGCUAUUCUGAUAAUACCAUCCUGGUCGAGAUCUUUAGCGAUCAGUGUGACGAGGGCUACUAUCAUGCCCGCGUGUCUCCGGGAGCCUGCCUCACCAUUGGCGUAAACUACACCGGUGGUUCGUUCGAGCUCCCCCCCCCCCCCCCCCCCCACCUGCUGUCCGGCACUCUUUUUCAUGUUGUUUUCGCGUCCUUGCUGACCCUGCGCCCCCUUUGCCUGUGUGCCCACAUGUCAGGAAACACCGCGUUUUUUAAUCAGUAUGUGGCCGCCGAGCUACUUUCCUUCUCUUUUACUUGCCUCGACUCGGCCCCCACCGAGCAACCUCCGUCCACGCCCAGCACCCUCUAUCUGGGUGGCUCUUGUGACAAUGCCACCUCCAUUGAUCAAGCGGGGGCCGCGUUUCUGGUUGACGAGUGCUACGAGGUUGCCAAUGGCCACUACACGUUUGGCUGUGAUGAGAAUGGGUACCCCAUUGCCAGAGAGUAUAUGGAUACCAACUGCGGCGGCACCUACGUCUCCACAAUUCUCACCGACAAUUGCUUUACACAAGUGGAUGAAAACUCUCGCAUCACCUGCUCCGAUGCCACACCCACCAGUACCACGGCCUUUAUGGGCGCCUACACCUCUGAAAACUGUGGCGAUGAUGUCAUCACCUACGUACCCCUCCGCGACAGCUGCGCAGCCGCCCCGUCCCUGGCGGUGGCACUGAGCGGCGGCGUCAAUGCUUCCGAGCUUUGCAACGGCGAUGCCGGUUGCAUGGCCUCGUUCCAGUCCGACCUCGGCUAUUUGCGCAUUGUCGCCACCUGCCAUGCCGACGGCUUGAUCAACGUACUCUUUUACACAGAGGACUGCGCCUCCAUCAAGCACAACCUCACAGUUUCCGAAGCAGCGUGCCUGGACGUUGGCACCAAUCUCACUGGUGAGUCUCGACUUGUCAUUGAGUUUCUCUUUCGCCUCACGCUCAACCUGUGUCUUGACAAGCGGCCUCGGGCUCACGCUUUGCAACUGCCACAGUGA